UCGGGUGUCCCGCUGUCUGGCUGAGUCGGGCCUCUCGGGGCCCCUCUCUCCCCGUGUCUUUCUGCCCUUGCUCUGUGUAUCCUCGACUCUGGGGCUCCCCCUGUCUCUGUGUGCUGCUGUCUCUUCUCUUCUCUGUGUCUCCCUGUCUUGUCUCCAUGUCUCCCCGGUCUCUGUGUCUCGCUGUUCUUGUGUCUCUUCUCUGGAUCUCACCUUCUCUGGGUCUGCCCGUCUCUGGCUCUCCCAUCUUUGUCUCGCUGUCUCUGUGGUUUAAUCCAGUCUGUCUUUUGCAUCUCUUCUUCUCUGUCUCCAUGUCUCCUGUCUCUGUUCCGUCUCUGUCUCGCUGUGUAUGUGUUUCCCCUGUCACUGUCUCCUCCAGUCUCUGUGUCUGUCCCCGACUCUCUGUCCCCCGUCUCUGGGUCCCUCCCUUUCUCUCUCUCCUUCCCCGGGCGCGCCCUGGGCGGGGACCCCGAGGGGAAGAAGGAACGCUGGCUCUGCUGCCUCUCCCAGCGCUAAGUAGAAACAAAUGCGGAAACUAGCACCCAAGGCGCAAAUGGGGCGAGCUCGGAUCCUGGGCGCCUGCCUCCUUGCCCUUGCGGCCAAGGGAGCAGUCGACCGGCCCCCGCCCCUGAUCCGACCCACGGGGAGAGCGGAGCGGGUGACAUCCUUGGGGAAGGACUGGCAUCGGCCCUGCCUGAAGUGUGAGAAAUGUGGGAAAACACUGACCUCUGGGGGCCACGCUGAGCACGAGGGCAAACCCUACUGCAACCACCCCUGCUAUGCGGCCACGUUUGGGCCCAAAGGCUUUGGGCGGGGUGGAGCUGAGAGCCACACUUUCAAGUAAACCCAGGCCCCUCGCCCUGCUGGCGAGCCAUCCACCGCGAUGCUGCCCCUUCAGGCAGAUGCCAGGCCUUGUCCUCCAGCACCCACGGCUCCCCUGUAGCCCCCCCCACACCCUCAAUAAAUUCCAAACACUCCAAA